CCGUAUUCCAGAUCAUAACAAGGCCUGCCAAGCCCCGCGCCUGCGUUGCCAUGGUGACCAGGACUAGGCCUCGAGCCUGCGAAGGGGUUGGGACGGAAGAGGCGCGGGUUUCCGUUUCCGGUGAGGCAGCUGGAGGAGAAGAGAAGCGGGAAGGUAAUUUUGAUAGUUCCUUCUUCUGAAAUAGAGACUACAGCAUGAAGGAUUCUUCUGUGAUCUUCCAUCCAAGCACCGACAGGCCCUGACCCUGCUUAACUUCCUAAACAGUGCCAGAUCUGACUCCACUUUGUACGAGCAUCUAGCUGAGAAAAGUCAGAAACCAAUUGCCUUCAUCUGCUUGAUGUUGAAACAACUACACACAAAAUGUCCCGUCACUUGAAAUUUGUCGCGCGGACGGUGAUGGUCCCCAACGGCAAUGUGGAGGCUGCCUAUCGCGUCCUUAACAGGAUCCUCACUAUGGAUGGGAUCAUCGACGAUGCCAAGCGGCGGCGGUAUUACGAGAAGCCCUGCCGCAGGAGGCAGCGGGAGACCUACGAGGCGUGCCGGAGUAUAUAUAAUGCAGAAAUGGCUCGGAAGAUCAGCUUCAUUGCACGCAAGAAUCGCCCAGACCCUUGGAUGGGUUGCUGAACUCAAGGGCUUUCCGUAUUGGAGAACUAGCAGCGCAUCCUUUCGGUGGGGAUUGUUUUGAAUCCCCUUAAUCAGCAGGGUAGGCAGGGCUUUUCUUCCCUUUUUCUGUAGAUAUCGAAGAGCAACUCCUUGGUUCCUUUGUACGGUCUGAAAAAUGACUACUCCAAUAAAGCCACUGGUUAACAGCC